AUAUAAAUAACACGUUUUUGAUUCCCAUUAUGCGUCCCUUUUUUUUUUCUAUCAAGUCUUGACGUGUUUUGCCUACUAUGCGCAACUUGCUUAUUGUUAGCACACUUAUCAAGCUAUUGCUAAUACCUGCCUAUCGUUCUACUGAUUUUGAAGUCCAUCGUAAUUGGCUAGCUAUUACACAUAGUUUGCCCAUCAGCCAAUGGUACAUUGAGAAUACAUCCGAAUGGACAUUAGACUAUCCACCUUUCUUUGCAUGGUUUGAAAAGUGUCUGAGUGUAAUGGGUGCUCUUGUGGAUCCAAACAUGGUCAAAAUUGAGAAUCUCGGUUAUGAAAGCACACAGACCAUUUUGUUUCAACGGCUAACAGUGAUUGCAAGUGAACUUGUCUUGUAUUGGGCACUAGUGAGAUAUGCCCGCUAUUUUGGCAACAAAUAUGUCAAUUGGAUGAUUGUUGGAUCCUUGUUUAUGCAUCCAGGCCUUAUUAUUGUAGAUCAUAUUCAUUUCCAAUACAAUGGUUUACUGUAUGGUAUCUUGAUCUUGUCUAUUGUAGAAGCAAAAAGAAACAACUUGCUGAGAUCGGGCGCUCUAUUCAGUAUCUUGCUUAAUUUUAAGCAUAUCUAUCUCUACAUGGCACCUGCUUAUUUUGUUUAUCUGCUUAAAGUCUAUUGUUUUGUACCCGAGACAAACAAGAAGAAAGAAGGUAUACACCACACAUUUUCCUUGAGAAGGCUUGUAGUGUUGGGUAGUACAGUCGUUUGUAUUUUUGUAAUUUCAUUUGGUCCUUUUGUCUAUCUUGGCCAAAUACCUCAGCUUCUUGGUCGUUUGUUCCCUUUCACGCGUGGUCUUUGUCAUGCUUACUGGGCACCUAACUUUUGGGCACUUUAUGCUGGUCUGGAUCGUGUUUUGAUCAUUUUUGGGAAACGGUUUGGAUGGUCAUUAAAUCAAGAAGCCAUUACUUCUAUGACAAGAGGGUAUGUGGGUGAUACACAGUUUGCUGUCCUACCUACUGUGGAAGCUAUUCAUACCAUGAUAAUCACUGUCUUGGUUCAAAUGAUUGUACUGCAAAAGUUAUGGAGAAAGCCUACAUUUGACAACUUCUUAGCCUCAUUGACACUUUGUGGAUUUGCGUCUUAUUUAUUUGGAUGGCAUGUCCAUGAAAAAGCCAUCAUGAUUGUCUUGAUUCCUUAUGGCUUAAUGGCUGCUUACAGUAAGGUGCAUCUACGUGUAUUUGUGAUUUUGAGCGCUUCUGGUAUCUUUUCUUUGUAUCCUUUGCUCUUCCAUGCUACAGAAACACCUAUUAAAAUUGCCAUGACCUUAUUGUGGUUCUGUGCUGUUCUUCCUGGUCUUGCUUAUAGUGUCAAUACACCAUUGAAACACUUGUUGUACAAUGUGGAGCAAUACUAUGUGAUUGGCUUAUUCUUUCUUCAAGCCUAUACAGGAUGUCUUCAUGACAUGAUCUUUGGCUCAGACAGAUUAGAAUUUUUGCCACUGAUGAUGACAAGUUUAUAUUGUGCUAUAGGCAUAGUCUAUGGUUGGGGAUUAUUUAUGUGGCAUUACUUGUCCCAUUAGCCUCCUUUUAUUAAAAAUAACGACCUUCUAACAAAUAAGACUUUUCUUUUUGAGUAAAGGAAGGAC